CGGGCGGUGAUGGAGGUGUGAGGCGGCCGCGGCGGCAGCAGGGCUGCUCGGGGAAUGUGAGGCGGCGCGUGGCGGCAGUGCGGAGCGAGUGAGGCGCGGAGCAGGGGUGGGGGCGCUGGAGCAGCGGCUCUCCCGCGGCUUGGAGCCCCGAUCCUUUGGCCCCGACCCCGUGUCAGCACCCGUCGACCCUUCAGCCCCCUCGGCUGCCGCCGCCGCCGCGCGGCCCGCCCCGGAGCUGGGGGCAGGGGGCCGUUGGAAGCGUGGAGCUCGGCGCUCUGAUUCAUUCAUUCCCUGCCGACGGGAGCCUCGGCCCCGCUGUGCUCCGCGAAGAGAGGGGGGAAAGAGAGGGCAGCCGCGGAUGAAGGGCCGGGCGCGCGCCGGGCUCCAUUGUGCUCGGCAGCGCGGGGCGGGAAGGGGCUGAGGGAGGUGGGAUCGGGCCCCCUCUCCCUGCGCCCCUGCGAGCGCGGCGCCCCCCAGCCUGCUGCCAGCCUGGAAAUGGCUCCGUUGAUGCUCUUCGGGGGGAUGAGUCGAUCCUGCCCUGUCUUCUCUGCCUCCUGCCCGCCUCCUCUCCGCUGAGUCUUAGGAGGGGCAACAUUCAAAAAGACAAGAGUCCAAUGUGGAGCGCCGUGCACGUCGCGAGCUGCCGGGUUAGCACUUCGAGGAGGUUUUUCGCUCUCCAUUUUUUCCUGAUGAAUGUGAACCUAGGGAAGCAGUGGCAUUCCCGCUUGUAGGAUUCUUCUCCCGCAGGGAAUCUGGAAAGCGCACGUCGCGUUGGGUUGCAUGCUCCACCCCCAGGGACUCGGCGUGGAGAAAUUUGAACCCGUAGCCUUAGUAGCACCGGAACGGCGCCGAGUUACCUGGCGCUCCCCGAGGGUCGAGGAGGACAUGUGCGAACCAACCAGGCAACUCCCUUUUUUAUAAGACUCAGAAGCCGGACUCUGCGUUUUCCUACACGUAGACUCAUUUUUGCAAUCGAAGUGACCGCUGUCUCCUCCGCGCCGCAUUUUAACUCUUAAAAAAAAAAACAACAAAGAAGCAAAUGCCACCUCACUUAGUUUGAACGUUUUUUUUUGUUUUUGAUAUUUACAAGAGCAAGCAUUUUACUGAAGGAAACCGUCAGCAUCGUUGAAAUACCUCCGGAAAAGGACCUCGGGGGGUGGAAAAGCAACUGCGAAAUAGCAGACGGCGAGAUUCCUUUCGGAGUGAUUCCGUAGUAGCUAAAGAGCCGAAACUUCCGAGCAAGUUUUCAUUGGGCAAAAUGGGGGAACAACCCAUCUUCAGCACUCGAGCUCAUGUCUUCCAGAUUGACCCAAACACAAAGAAGAACUGGGUACCCACCAGCAAGCACGCAGUUACUGUGUCUUAUUUCUAUGACAGCACAAGAAAUGUGUAUAGGAUAAUCAGUUUAGAUGGCUCAAAGGCAAUAAUAAACAGCACCAUCACCCCAAACAUGACAUUUACUAAGACAUCUCAGAAGUUUGGGCAAUGGGCCGAUAGCCGGGCAAACACUGUUUAUGGGCUGGGAUUCUCCUCUGAGCAUCAUCUUUCAAAAUUUGCAGAAAAGUUUCAGGAAUUUAAAGAAGCUGCUCGACUAGCAAAGGAGAAAUCACAAGAAAAGAUGGAACUCACGAGCACACCUUCACAGGAAUCAGCAGGAGGGGAUCUUCAGUCUCCUUUGACACCAGAAAGUAUCAAUGGGACGGAUGAUGAAAGAACACCUGACGUGACUCAGAACUCAGAGCCAAGGGCUGAACCAACUCAGAAUGCAUUGCCAUUUUCACAUAGUUCAGCCAUCAGCAAACACUGGGAGGCUGAACUGGCUACCCUCAAAGGAAAUAAUGCCAAACUCACUGCAGCCCUGUUGGAGUCCACUGCCAAUGUGAAACAAUGGAAACAGCAGCUUGCUGCAUAUCAGGAGGAAGCAGAACGCCUGCACAAGCGAGUGACUGAGCUAGAAUGUGUCAGUAGCCAAGCAAAUGCAGUGCAUACCCAUAAGACAGAAUUGAAUCAGACAAUACAAGAAUUGGAAGAAACACUGAAAGUUAAGGAAGAGGAAAUAGAAAGAUUAAAACAAGAAAUUGAUAAUGCUAGAGAACUACAAGAACAAAGGGAUUCUUUGACUCAGAAAUUACAGGAAGUAGAAAUUCGGAACAAAGACCUGGAGGGACAACUGUCCGAUUUAGAACAACGUCUGGAGAAAAGUCAGAACGAACAAGAAGCUUUUCGUAAUAACCUGAAGACACUUUUAGAAAUUCUUGACGGAAAGAUAUUUGAACUAACAGAAUUACGAGAUAAUUUGGCCAAGCUACUAGAAUGCAGCUAAGGAAAGUAACAUUUCAGUGCCAAUAGAUGAAAAGAUACACUGUCUCUCUACGUAGUACUGUUUGGGCUGUGCAUCAAGAUUGCACACACACACACACACACACACACACACACACAAUUGAAUAUGACUCCUCCAGGAGGAGGACCUUUUGAAGAUUGGAAUUAUAUAUUUCAGUGUAAAAUUUAGAAUUCUGCUUGUAGCUAGUUGGGGCGAAAAAAAAAAAAGAGAUGAAAAACUUGAACUACAAAUUACCUCCUUGUAUAUUAUUGGCCAUAGUUAACUAGAAAGUUAUAAAUAGACAAUUAAUGCAAUCUUUUUAUUUUCUUCUGAUAUUAGCCAAUGGGAGAAUUAACAAUGUCUGGGUCUCAUCCCCUUAUUGUGUUGAACACAGUGAAGGUUAUCUGCUUUUUCAAUUAAUUUAUUUACGAUAUCUAGAGCUGUGUUUUUGUGCAAAAACUUAGUGACGAAAGCCCUGUCUUUUGUUGUAAUCUGAAUAAUUUCUCAGGAUAUUUUUGCACUGCUGAGAAGCAGUGCCAUUACCAAUUAAUUCUUGCCAGGAGUGAGAGAGAGCUGCAUCUUUAAUUGAAACAUACUUAUUACAACUGCGCGUAUAGAAUUCUUCCCUUUUUUUAUACUGGAAGAUAAUUUACUCUGGUGACCACUCUGGUACACUCUGGUGUUCUCCAAUUUUGUCCACUGUAGAGUUUAGUUUUCCAUAGUGAUUCCAUGUAUUUACGAGAAGAUAUUGUCUCCCAUUUUAUUACACCUUUUAAAGCCAACAAAUGAAGGCAGCUGAGCCCCUCAGAAAUUUUUCUUUUUAAAUUUCUAAUAAAUUUGACACAGAACUGAACUACAGCAGCCCAUCGUUGGCUGUCUGGCCUAGCAAUGCUAAGUAUAUUUACAGAAUAUGCAGUUACAUUUAUUUAUAUAUUUUGCAAGAAAUCUUUUCUGAAUGAUCAAUGCAUUUCAAUUUAAGAAUAAUAAUGGUUAUUGGGAAACUGUUUAUUAUAGAUCAUUUUAAGGUGUAUAGCUCUUUUCAAAGGAAUCCAUUUACAUCAAACAGCCGAUCCGAGGACUGUGUCUGAAUUGUGAUCGUGGGAGAUGGAGAUGGAGACGUGUACUCUGCCUGGGUCUUCACAUCAACCACAUCUGUAUUCACACCACACAAGGCAAUAUUCUGAACUGCUAACUAGGCAUAUUUCACAACGGGAGUCAAAUACAAUUGGUUCUUCUCACUGAACAGGUUUUAAUGUUGUUUUGAUGUAAUUUUAAGAGACUUUUAGCAAACAUGCAUUUCUUUAUAUAAUAUAUUUCUUUUAAGAAGCUAUUUUACAAGUAAGCCAAGUGCUGUCUAGUCUGCUUAUGGAAUAGGAAUUGCAUCAGAGUACAUAUAUUCUUGCUGUACAAUGCCUGUGAUGUUGAGGAGGGUUCUUUUUUAAAGUGUAUGCUUGGGUAUCAGACUCUAUGGAGUCUACAAAUGCACUGACCUUUUUUGUUUGUACCCCCAAAUGAUUGAAUUGUUAAGUACAAAAUUAAGCUAAUGAAGUCUAUUUGUAACCAUUUUUUCACUCAACAAACAGCUUACUCGACACUAGACAAUUUUGUUUUAUAUGUAUGUGUAUGUACGUAAAUACAUACAUAUUAAUUUCUAUUAGAGUGAAAAAUAAAUGGUUUGUUUCUAACGUGAGUUUUCAGAAACCUCUGAAAAUUUUCUAUCAAGCCACUCGAUCAUCAUGUAUUAUAUGUGCUGUAACAUCAUGGUAAGGAUAAUUUUCUCACCUACUUGUUAUAGGAAGAAGAGAUUUAGGUAUAUAUGCUCAGAGCUGAGGUAUAUCUCUGAUAAAUCAGGUAAUGAAAUUUAUUUGAUUGAUGGGAUUUUGAAGUAAGACGUGAUUUUAUCCAUCAGUUUCUGAGUAACAAAGAACACCAGGUUUUUAAUUUUAAAAAAAGGGACUUUAACACUAGGGGUCAGGGAAUUUAGUUAUGAAGAAUUAAAGAUUAAAACCAACAACAGUGUAAGCUGUUGAAAUGGUAAGUGAAUUAUUUUAAUGAUGUAAUACAAUAUUUUUAAAGUUUGACAUAGAUGUCAUUUAAUGGGAAAAUAAUUCAUCCAAAUGUCUCUGCUUGGAGUGUAUCGAUAUGUGAGACAUAUGUGUAAUUCAAUAUAUACAUAUACCGAUAUGUAUAUACGGAAAAUUAUUUUUAAUAUUUUCCUACUGAUAUGAAAUUUAAAAUUGGAAAUUUUGUGAGUUUUUUUCCUUGUCCAAUAGAGGAUAAUUGUUUCUCUUUUUAGUGACUUAACACUUUCUUGAGGGCUGCACCUUUUAAUUCCCAGAUUGUCAUUAUACAUGUAUAGUGUAUGGGAUAAGGUGGACACAAGUGCACAUAUAAAUAAAAUCUUCUGAUUAAAAAAUAUUUUCAACAUUCAUUUACAGUAGGAGAGCAUUUAGGCAUCAUCAUCAUCAUCUACAAGUCAGAAUUAGGUUGUGUGCCUACUGCAGUGUUUUCCGUUUCUGUAUUAUAUAAAUAAACGUUUGCAUAUUAAAAUUUGAUUUUCCCAGAGACAAGUAUUAUGUAAUGUAUCUAUAUUUAGAUCAAACUGUGGUAAUAUCCUUAUCUGAAAAUAAUGUUGGGGACUAUGCCCUGAGCUUGUGAACCUGAAGUAACACAGAAGGAGAGGGCAGAGAUUGACCCAUUGUGUACAAAGUUAUCAAACCCAUGAAUUAUUGUACAAAAAAAAAACCCUGAAAAACAAAAUACAGUUUUUAUUUUGAAAUACA